CUAAAUGAAUUCAUCAGUGUGCAACCACACCUGAUGAAAGACGACUGAUGAGGGAGAAGGGUGUGUGUGUGUGUGUGUGUGUGUGUGUGUGUGUGUGGACGGAGUGUGAACAGAUAAAGGUGUGAACGAGCAGGAAACGGGUUGAGGAAGAAUAUAGGGGGAGAAGAGGGGAGGAUAAGGAAGAGGAGUAGGGGUGAGGAGGAGACAGAGAGAGAGAGAGAGGGACGGAGGAAAACAGAUGAUGUGAGGGGGGAGGAGAAGGAGGAGCAGAGAGGAGGCAGGCACUCAGUCUGCUUUGCUUCGCAGGAGGAAUCGGCAGCAACAGAAGGACAAUGGACAGUGUUCACCGCGGGUCCUAACGAGCACCGGGCAGCUUCAUCAAGCUGGAAUACAAGGAGGUGAAUGUUAGACAGCUCCAGGAUGCUGCCCCCCUCAUUCCUGCCAACCUGCUAUUCACCACGGGACAUUUGACUCGCCAAACAUGAUGAAGACUGAGCCUCCGUCGGCCACGGGAGGCAACGGGGCCUCCGGUGGGAGCAACGGGAGCUCUAAUCUGCGAAGUCCGUCUCCCCACCGCAACGCCUACGAGGCAGGUCUUGCGGCGCUGAAGAAGGCCACAGACCACCUCAACAAUGCCGCCAAUGGAGGCGCUGACCCUGCCUCAAAACCCGCUCCUCUGCCCCGGCCUACUGGGAGGGGCCGGAAAUACGGCUCAAACGUUCACCGUAUCAAGAACAUGUUCAUGCAGAUGCAAUCUCCUGGCGAUGAAGAGGAUGGAGCCAAAAUGAUUGGUAAGGAACAGGCAGUGAAACUGUCCCUGCCGAGGGUAUCCAGCCUCAAUGAGAACGUCGACCACAGCGCCCUGCUGAAACUUGGGGGCACGGUCUCUGAAAGGGUCAACCGUUUUGACUCUAAAGUUGGCAGGGAGGGCAGUGGCUCAUCUGUGGGCUUGUCCAAGCUCCAGGAGACCAGGAGGAUCUUUGAGCAGCGGACUCUGCAGGAGAAGCAAGCUGCCACUAACCGCAUCUUGCUGAAGAAAGAGCGGGCAUCGGGCUUCCAGGGCAGCCGUCUAGAUGUCGUGGCUCGCUUUAAUGGGUCCACCGAAGCCCUGGACCGGCUAGAUGAUCCCCCUGUUCCCACCCCUCCUUCUAUUCCCUCUACUGCAGCUUUAGUCGGGCCAGGCGAGGCCGUCAGUCCCACUGUGAGCCAACUCAGCGCCGCGUUUGAAAAGGGUGAUCUGCAAAACAAUCUCUACCUCCCUCAGCGUCGGUCAGCCCCUGCUUUGGCACCAAAACCCAAACCUCCACCCAAAGUGGAAGCAGCAGAGAGGAAGACAAAGGUGAUACCUGCAGAUAAGGAAGAGAAAGAUGAGGUAAAAGCAGGAGUUAUAAGUAACAAGGCAGCAGAGCUACCUGAAGAAACGGGUUCUCUAGAAAGGAACUUGGAGGGACCAGCGACGAAUGAAGAGAAGGAUGCAUUUGGACUGUCGGGGGACCAGCUCUCCAACUCCUCCUAUUCCUCCUCUUCCUCAGUGACUGUCACUUCCAUCUCUUCUUCAUCGGAGGCCAAACCAGAGCCGGCAGCAACUGAGGCCAAGGGUUCGAGUACAGUGGAAGCCUCUGGGCUGCAGCCACAGUCUGGCGAUCAGGACAGUGCCGCUGUGGGAUCUGAGGCCGCGGGCAGGCUGGUGCAAGCUGAGGUUCACGCCUCGCUGGAAAAUGGAGAGAAAGAGCCUCCGUCUUCCUCUCCUUCAUCGGAGGAAAAAGAAGAGGACUCUGAGGAGAGGGCCAAAGAAGAUGAGAAUGACGAGGAUGGUUCAAGGAAGGAGGAUUACUCUGAGGGAGAUCUGAUAGAUAUCAGCGCAUACAGCGGGCUUGGGGAGGAAGACUCUGGGGGAAGCCAGCUGGACGAUGAGGAAGAUGAAGACAACGAGGAGGCAUAUCAGCCAGAGUCCAGCUGCUCAGAAAUCCCAGGCCUUCCGGAGGAAGAGGAGCCUCCGCCACCCAGUAGAAAGAUUCGCUUCAGCACUCAGCCAAUCACAGUCUUUACCACCUACUCUAAUGAAGAUUACGACCGACGUAAUGAUGACGUUGACCCCAUGGCAGCGUCAGCUGAGUACGAGCUGGAGAAGAGGGUCGAAAAGUUGGAUCUGUUUCCCGUCGAGCUGGAGAAAGACAGUGACGGCCUCGGUAUCAGUAUCAUUGGUAUGGGUGCAGGAGCUGAUAUGGGCCUGGAGAAACUGGGGAUCUUUGUUAAGACGGUCACUGAGGGUGGAGCUGCGCAGAGAGACGGCAGGAUCCAGGUGAAUGACCUCAUAGUGGAGGUUGAUGGGACCAGCCUGGUUGGUGUUACUCAGAGCUUUGCUGCCUCUGUCCUCCGCAAUACCACCGGCAAAGUCAGGUUUGUGAUUGGCCGGGAGAAGCCGGGGGAACAGAGUGAAGUGGCUCAGCUGAUCCAGCAGACUCUGGAACAGGAGAGGUGGCAGAGAGAGAUGAUGGAGCAGAGAUACAAACAGUACAUGGAUGAUGAUGAGGAGACAGGUGAAUAUGCGACAGACGAAGAGGAGGAGAUGAGUCCGAUGUUUCCGAACUCGAUAGAGGUUUUCGAUCUGGCAGAAAACCAGGAAAUGCUGUCCCCUGUGGAGCUGGACCCAGAGAAACUGGCCCACAAGUUCAAAGAGCUCCAGAUUAAACAUGCAGUAACCCAGGCUGAGAUCCAGCUGCUCAAGAGGAAGCUGGCUCACGCGGAGCAGGAUAAGUUGCGUUGGCGGAUGGAGCGUGCUCAGUUGGAGCAAAAUAUCCGGGACAGUAAAGAGAGGAUGGAAAAACUUGAGGGCUACUGGAUGGAGGCACAGUCUCUAUGUAAGGCUGUGGAUGAACACCUGAAGGAAACUCAGGCUCAGUAUCAAACCCUGGAGAGGAAAUACAGCAAAGCCAAGAGGCUGAUUAAAGAAUACCAGCAGAAGGAGAUCGAGUACCUGAAGAAAGAGACUGCUCAGCGUCGGGCACAAGAAGAGAGCGAGGCAACACACAAAGAGGAGACCGACAACCUGCAGGAAAAGAUUACAGACUUGGAGACCAAAGUGGAUGCCUUGAAGACCCCCAAACCCUCCUAGACUGCUGCUACUUCCUGCCUCCUAUCUGUGACUGAAAGAGGAGGAGCUCCCCCAUCAUCCUACCGCAGGGGGGCUGUAAUUUAUUCCAAUCAACCAUUCACUGCAACGGACAGGUAGCAGAGGAGGGAAAAAAUCCCAACAAGUAUAACUGUAGAGAGGACCGUAGAGAAGGAAAGACUCAACCUCUCAUGUGACAUCUGCCAGUGGCUUAGUGCUCCGUCAGUCAACAACAAAUCCCAGAAUGCACCUUCUGUCAUAUCCAGAAUCCUCCUUAUGUGUCUUCCUGGCAACUGGCUUGGCGUUCAACCCGGAAACCAUAUUCAGCAAGUCAGUUUGUAGACGAUGUGUUUUCUCCUCUCUCUUUAGCAGCAUCUUACCCAGGUUCUAUGAAUAAUUCCGAUUUAUUAAAAACAAAAAGCGCUUUUAAUAACCAGGCUCGUCACAAAGUGCUUUAUAGAGCGACAGAGGGAAUGAAGCGGAGCAAAAGGGACAAAAGGAUUGAUGUUAAUACGACCUUUGAACUACGCAAUUGUCGAACCAUCCCUUAAGAGAAGAGGACGAGCCUCUCCUCUGCCCGUGGCGAUGCUCGUUUUCAUCUGAAACUACCAGGAGAAGCGGUGACCUUAUUUUUAGAGACACGACACCUUUCAAGAAGUGGAACCUCGGUGGUAAGACUCGACAAAACUCUGAAAUGGCCACGUUACCGCCCAUUAGCGAAGUAAUAAAAUCUAUGGAGCAAGAUGGCCUCCGCGUUUCAAAACUGUCAAAGCCCAGCUUUUUGCUUCCUUUUUUCCGACCUAACUCUGCAAACGGUGGUAUUAGUAAAGAAGAAGUGUGCGUUUCAGGUCUGAACUAUGUGGCGUAAUGUUUGUAUAUAUUCUAUACAUUUAUUUAAAAGUGUUGAAGUGGCUUAAGCAGUUAGAUGGAUCUGGAAUCUAAGAGUAAGGCGGUGAUGCCUUACUGUGGAGGGAAUGGUUCAGUAGUCCUCAGUCUGUUUCAUCUCUUUUCUCUCAACAUCAAUGGCAAACAGGGUGUGAAUAGUCUAAUUUGUGCUUGUAGAGCUUCUAAUUGUGUAUAUCUGUUGGUGUUUACUAUAUAAUCUGUGGGUUUACAUGCACACAAACCUGCUUUCAGGUCAGCCGUGCACUAUAUUCUCACGUGUAGGAAGGCUUCCUUUCUAGUUUUAGAAUAUCCUCUUAGCUCGCACUCUUAGCUACUACCAUAUACAUAAAAUAUUUAAAAAUCUAUCGUCCAAACAUGUCAUGGAAGCAGAGAAUGACUACAAAUAGAAACUGAUUCAUUGAGUUAGCAAUUGAGGUCAAAUCCAAAGUGGAAAACUGCACUAAGAUUAGAGAAUUUGCUCAUUUAAAAUCCUAUAACAAUAUAUUGGAUACUCACUAAAAAGAUACAUUCAUAAUUUGUCCAAAAGCAGGUCCAGUUAUUAAUAACUUUUAGAUUGGAGUUUACUAUUAUUACUGCCACUAAUAUCCCCCAUCAAUAAUAAUGUUCCUAUAUUGCGCAGUAAAACUUUUCCAAGCAAUUAUAUACCUAACUAAAGAGUCAUAUGAAAUGUAAUUUUCAUUUUAAUUAUUAUUAUUUCAUUAGUAUGGAAAACUAUUAUGGCCACGGGGGGGCCUUUUUAUUUAUUUAUUUUUUGGGGUCCCUAAAAACAGGGACCAGAUGAACAGAAUCAACCUUUUGGGAUUUACUUACCUGGAUGAUUGAGCAUGCAUCAAGACUCCCUAAAAAAUCAACUCUGAAUUUAACUUCAGUUUUUUUCCCAGAACUAUCGUGCUCAUCCUCUUCCGAAACUAGCGAGUAUAAAAAGUAUCUGGAAACUACUACUGAAAAAAUUAAAAUUGAUCCUCCAGUUUUUUGUUUGUUUGUUUUUUUUAAUUCGCUCACUUAAAUUUCCAGAUCAUAAAUUGACUAACAUUAUAUAAACUGAGUAUAGUGAAACACUGGACACUCAAAUCCUUUAUUUUAUUUUUGUGAACAUUAAAAAAACAUAAAAUGUUAAACUUUACUAGUUAAAAGUUACCUUUAUGAAGUAGUUUUGAUUUCUGUAAGUGUUAUUGUAAUAGUUUAAUAGUUUUUUUUGGUUUGAACAUUACAUACUGACUAGUCAAAUAUCACUAGUUCUAAAUGAAGUUGGACCUCUCUGUUGUUCUGUAUUGGUUAAUGUCAUUUGGUUGUCGGUUAGCUUGAUAGGCUAUAAGCGUCGACGGGCAGUAGUAGUUGUUAGCUGUCAAUAUGUUAAUUUAACUUCCCAAAAUCACAAACUAGGACUAUCGAGCAUGCCAGAGUCUUUGCCAGUUCUGUUUUAUAUUGAUAUUUUUAUCAGUAUUUAUCAAUUCUCAUUAGCUAGUAACACCUCACUAGCUAGUGAAGCCUGCUAGCAUACCAGGAUAGUGUAGCCAUUGAAGUGUUUGUGUAACAAGACCGUCACACGGAUAUGAGCAUCGGGGUUAUUCAGAAAACUGUGUGCAUGUAAACACACUCCACAUAUCUUACAUUAGGAGAAAAGUAGAGGGUCCCAGUGCCAGUAUUAUACCUAUAGAAAAUGAAUUUAAGUUAGCGAUUCAUGCCUGACGUAGUCCAAAUACUGGUUAAAUUUAAAAGUGUUAUUAUAGCCAUUAAAGGUCAGGUGUUUCUUCAGGAAUUCAAUAACCAAUGUGUCAACUCCAUCUACCCAAAUAUGAUUUUUUUUCUUUUCUUCUCCCCAAACCCCUCUUUGGUCAGAUCAGUGUAAUGAGUUGCAACCUUUUUUAAGAUUAGCAGAAUAAAAAGGUUGAUUUGCUGAGAAUAGACUAAUUAGAUAAGGAUUGAACCCGUGACACUGUGGUUACUGUACGCUCUAUAUGUUUAUAAAAAAUAAUGUGAAAAUUAUAAUGUGGACCAUUUCAAAUAUGAAACUUGUAUUCACGUGAAUGCCAAAAUGGUGCUCUGAAAGAUGGCCUUUACAUGUGAAACAAAAUUCUGAACUGGUAGAUUAUGUAUUUUGCUGCUGUCAUUCCCCGUGGUAGCUGUUGUUAUGAGCUCACGUGUUAAUCAAGAUAGUAGAGAGAGUAAAGACAGUAGAGCUUGCUGGCAAGCUCUGAUUAGGUCACAUUACUUGAAAAAACCACAAGUGGAGUACAAUCCAGAGAUCUAAUUGGGCUACUUAAGCUUAACUCAUAAUGAAUGGAGCAGUUUUGAGGUUGACAAGUUAAAACCAACCUCUACAGCUUUUUCCCCAAACUUAGCCACGCUAGCACCCUGGUUCUGAGGAUGGUAUCUUUUACGUCGUAACUUUGCUGCCAUUAUCUUCAAACCAUUGUACUGAUAUUCAUAGUGCUCAGAGGAAGCAUACAGAGUUUCCCUUUUGCACCAACAGCCGGUUAUAAAGGUUAAUUCAUCAAAUAUUAAGGUUCUCAAAUCCACUAAUGUCAGCAUGCUAACGUGUUGAAUGGAUUUCACAAACACGGUAAGCCUGCUCAACAUUACCCUGCUGGGCCUGCGAUCACGUUCCUAUGCCAGUGUUAGCAUUUCGAAGCACUGCUGUGCCUGAGUAUAGCAUCACAGAGCUUAUAGCAUGGCUACAUUGAUCGUCAUUUCUUUGAAACCCAAAAUAAUUUUGACAAAUCACAAUUAUUUAGAUAAAGCUGCUAUCUGCUUGAAAAUGAAGUUGCAUUUCCAAGCUUACUUGCUAGGUAGAAGCAUGUUUUCCUGAAGUAUUUGCUUUAAAAAAAAAAAAGAGAAAGAAAAGAAAAAAAGCUUGUUUUGCUAAGACCAAUCUGCCCCUGCCUUCAGCCUCAGCCUGGCUUUGUUCUUCACACCCACUCUGUUGGAGCUGAAACUGAUCUGAAUCUGUGCUUCACCUUUGACCUACAGUAUUUGUGCAUUAACAGAUAUCUAGAGAGACAUGGGAGCAGAAUUUUAAGUCUUUGUGCACUUUUCUGUUUGAGAACUGUCGGGGGACUUGGACACAAACAGAAUUAUGAGGACAUUCAACCACCAGGCAAUUAUUUUUUGUGUUUGUACUGUUUGGCUGAUGAACAUGGAGGAGUGACUCCAAAAUCACAUGUAUGAUUAUUUUCAUGUAAGAAUUCUUCUUCUUUUUCUUCUAAAAAGACACCAAGUAUUUGUUCCAAACCUGCAGUAUGUUUUAAAGUGUUGUCUUAAUAGAUGGAAACAAGGAUGAAAGAGCAUUUUUUUUAAAGGAAUGAAAAUCAGCCAUAAGCAACUCACUUGAGUAUUUUUAUUUCUUAAGUAUUUUUUAUUACAGUUUCAUCUCGGUGUUGAAACAGUGUGAGCUGUACAAAAGCUGUUGCAUCACCAAAUCGAACCCUGGUCACUUUGGGUUUUAAUGUCUAAACACAGGAAGUGAUCAGCUUGCCUUUUUAUGACCUAUAAGUUAACCUGCUGCUUUUGCCUCUAAAAAGCCUUCCGAUGUUUGCUAACUGUAGCUGACUGUCUUUUGUUACCCAUCCUGCCCCAUCCGCUGUGUCUGCGUUGGAUAAAACAAAAUUAGCUUGUCCUCAUUAGUUUAAAGAUAAUACCAGUGAUUACAGACAAACUGCCAUAAUGGUAGACUGACCGAUUGUAGCACUACACAAUGUAAGAGCUGUUACAGAUUGAUUUUUGAUAAUAAACUCAUCUUUUGCCCCCACUUCAUAUUUCGGGGAAUGACCUUCAAAACCAUUUUCGUCAACAGGCGGCCUCUGAAGUGAGAGGGUUCAGUGCCUUGCUUGUAGGUAAAGGAUUACGGUUCUUGUCUAAUCACUUUGUACAUUUCAAGGAGUCAUAACUGGUUGUUGUUGUUGGGGGAGGUUAUAAUCAGUCUUAAGUAGCCAGUACACAGAAACUGCUUAAUGGGUCAUUCACAAGUGUCUCAGGUUAGUCAAAUUAGAUUUGUUUGUGAAAGUGAGACGGUUAGCUUUGCCAUCUGUUCAUAUCCUCUAUGGACAACAUAUUCUAGAUGUAGCUAAAGGGCGUACUGGCUUUGGUUUGGUGGCGCUGGCAAUUCAGAAGUGACGUGGUCCUUUUAGGCUUUGUCAAGUGGUUAACCUCUAGCUUACAAUGUUGUGUUUUUCUGCGAAGAUGAGAAUUGCCCUGUCCAUGAUUGGCGAUGAGGUCCUGCCUCGGGUAUCACCGGUUCUUGUUCAAGACUGGAGAAGUGGAGCCAGAGAUUGGUGAAGGGUCUGUUGUAAUGCAGAUGUAGUACCAGCUUAUUGCUGUGAAGAGAAAGCUGAGCGUGGAGCAAAGUUGUCAAUUUACUGGUUGGAUCUUUCUAUCCCCAUCACCUGUGACCUCAAGCUGUGGGCAGUGACCUAAAGAUUGAGAUAGUGGAUACAAGCAUCAGCUUCCUCCGGUGGGCGUCUGCUCUCCUCUUAGAGAUAAGAUGACAGACUCAAAAUAGAUCCUCCACAUCGAAAGGAGCCAGUUGAGGUGGUUGGGGUGUCUGCCUAGAUGCCUCUAAGGUGAGGUGUUUAAGGCGUAUUCUACUGGGAGGAGACUCUGGAUGAACUGGAGAGAUUGCAUCUCUUGGCUGCCACUAGAACACCUCAGCGACCCUCCUGAAAAGCUGGAGGUGGUUGAGAGAUGGAGGUCUAGGUACUUCUGCUUGAACUGCUGACCCUGCAGUUCAGACCUUGAUAAGCUAUACUGGAUGGAUGGAUGUUUGGACAUGUACUUCCUAUUAUCUCUGCCUUCAGAUCGCCUUGGUUGAUGAGCCUCAGUCCAAAUUGCACUGAAAUGCUAGGACCCAAAGUCAAGUUGCUUCUGAUUGUGUUCGCAUAAUGACCGUUUUUGAUGUUCAAGGUGAAAAGCUUAAAAACUACACCCUGGCAUGUUCUGUGCUGUAACCACUGGUAGCCAAUCUUUAAACACCCAGACUCUGUAGAAGUAGAAGAACAGAUGCUUGCUAUGUAGAGCAGAUGCAAUCUUGUGCUCACAUCAUACGUGUCACACCGCAACUUUUCAAAGAAACUGGAAGAAAAAUGGGGGGGGGGGAUUACAAGAUACAAAAGCACUAUGAGAAUCCUUGCAAUUUGUUUUCUGUUUGUUUGGGUUUUUGUUCAUUUUCAUGCAUCGCCAAAAUUUACCGCACUUUGGAGCAAUUCUGUCCUUUUCUUUACAAAACUAUUAGCCCUUGGCUUGAAUUAGACAGUGAAGUCAUGUGGUUUGAAAGACUAACAGUCAUGCGGUGCCAAAUGAUGAGAGCGGGACAAUCUGACAGUGUGUGAGCAGACCUCCGAGUGCAUCUCGGGUCUGAAAUGGAUUUCCUUCUCUGCCUGGUUCUGUUCUUCAGUUGAUGCCACCAUGUUUGUCUGAACCAAUACCUGUCUGUCAGCAUUAAUAAAGAUAAAAUAUGACAACAAAAAAA